AUGAGAUUCGUAGAAAUGGUAUUAGGAAUCCCCAAGAUCUGGAUGGAUUUAUUAAUUUCUUGCCUUGCUUCAUUGAACCUUAAAAUUUUGAAUUCAACUAGUCUAAGGUUGGGUUUGGGAAAAAAUGAUGAACACUCGAAAUACUUGAUUGAAGCUACUGAUAAUACAUCUGAUAAUGACUUUGACUCCCAAGGUGAGACAUCUGAAAUGAUCCUAGAUGACACUUCAGGCUAUUUUAUGCUCCAACCAGAAGAGUUGCUAAAGAAUCGUGAAUUUCUACUUCAUAACAAUAACAACCUUGUGAGACAAAUUUCCCAGGAAGCUUGGGACAAGAUUGCUUUUCCGGCAGAGGUUUUGGACUUAUUAUUUGCUAAAUUUAUUGCCAUUUUUUCUAUUCUAUUGUUUUCUUUAGGAUUGGGAUUUUCAUUAUCAUUGUUGUUUAGAUGGCUACAACCCGAAGGUAAUAUUAAGUGUAAUAAGAGAAGAGCGAAGAAUGAAGUAGCAACACAUAUUCAAAGUGAAUUAGAUCAUAGAGUUGACUGUGAUGUAAAUCUACGGGGAAUAAGUCUAAGAUCUGAGAAUACGUCCAAAAACAAUCAGAAGUACACAACACCCCAUAACGAAAGCCAAGCAUCUAAUGCUGCAGAGUACUCGGAUACUACAGUAGAAAUUAGAAGCACUCCGUUUUUCCAUGACCAUAUUCCUGAGUUUCCAAGGUCAGUUUUGAGGGACAUAACGAAUAUGAGGGAUUCUCAAAAAAUUAAAAGUUGCAAAAAAAAUGAGAAGUUUUUAUCCCAAAUUGUGCCAUUUACCACAAGAAACAAUUCUAAUGACGAAAACUUUAUUCAAGGCGAUUUCUCCUCAUUAAGAGUCCCAGAUAUGAACUCCGACUUGGAAAUUAUGAUUGCAGGAAUUUGUGUGUCAAAUAUUCGACCAAAAACUCAGACUCGAAGCGUGUCGUCAUAUAUAGACCAAAGUCAAAAUUUGCAUAGAAUCAACUACAGUAAACCUAAUUCAAGCAUAUCUGAUGAGUUGAAAAGGAAUCCUUUACUGACAUCAGAUCUACUUACCGAACCAGCAGCUCGUUUACAGAAUGUUGAUGCUGAAUCGAGGGAAAAUGUGUAUAAUGAUACCAGAGAAGACUCAGCUGGUGAGACAGAAAAUUCACAGCAUCAUUCAUAUACUAAGAAGAAAAGUACGAAAAGAGAUAUUUACGUAAAUGAUAUCUCUCUCAACAAGACAGAGGACUUAAACAGGGAUCAGCAACCUGAGAUAUCAGUCUUCGCAACCCACCCGUUAACAAAAGAAAACCAACCAAUUGAAAUAUUGCAUUUGAGUUCGAAUAAAGAGAAUCAGGUGGAGCACAACGCGAACACAUCAAUAAGUAAGAAUAAUCGAAAUUUGGAAGAGCCUGUUUCAAAAUUUGUCCUCAAUAAACAAAUUCUCAAAUUGUUAGAAGACGAAUGUUCUAAAUCAAGCGAAUACUUUGACAACGAACCGCAAAAUGCUAUAAAUUUUGCUGAACUCGAUGAUUAUUUAACCUCAAUGAUUGAAGACUUCGAUAGAUCAGAUUCGCUCGUUGAAAAUCGAAUUGAGGAGCAGCUUGAAAGUAUCAAGAGAGAAGACGAGAAUCUGUUCAGUAUAAUCAUUAUAUUCAGAUUCAUAUUAUCUAACGAUGUCAAAGAUGAUCAGAUAGCUUUGAAAGAGAUCUUUAGGAUGCACAAAUAUUUGACAGGUCAGUACAUGCCUGAUUUCCUCAAGAUGAUUAACAAAGACAAGCAAUCAUUCACAAAGUCACUUUUAUUAUUAAUUCGUGAUUACUUAACUUUCUUAGAAUCAAAUGAAGUGUCAGCUUUAGAAUAUAAGGUUUAUCUUAAAUCUUUGCUUAAUCUUUUAGGUCUCGAUGACAAAAUGAACAGUAUGCUAUCAGAAUGUUUGUAUGAAAUCGUUAUUGCUUUAGACACCAGAAUGCUUGAGAGAAUUUUUUUUCCAAUAGUUGAGGAAAUUAAAAAUGAAAGAUUCGAUUAUAAAACGUACGAGGUACUAAUGGGAUGUCUAAAAUAUUAUCUUUGUUUCAAUAAAGUAAUAGUGACUGAGCAACUCAUUGACCAUCCUGAGGAGAACAAAAUCAAAACCUGUGGCUAUCAAAUCAUUUUACAUGUAAAUCAAUUGAUUGCCAAGAUAGUUGAGCAUAUAAAAGCUCCCAGAAUAACAAGGAUAUUUCAUUCAGAUCAUAAAAGAUUGAAGAUUCCUGCGUCGCACAAUUCUUUGAUACAGGAACUAACUGACACCUAUCUUGUCAUUGUUGAGGUUUUCAUUAAUAAUGACAAAGUUCCCCCUUCAAUACAAUAUGAGUUGCUUACAACCUUUAUAACACAAACGUACAAACAAAUUCAAAUUUUAGUCGAAACAGAUACGAGAGUUUUAGAUCCUCCAAUAUUACGAGAGUUACAAAUCAGUUAUGAUAUUAAAUGA